CAACUCGACUUUUGUACCAGACGACGCGAUUUCCGCCACGGUGUUUCAUUUUUAUUUGAACGGUGUGUAAAUUUACAAAUUGUCUGAUUAUAUGAAAUUUCAUUACAUGUGAUAAUUCCUACAAUUCUCAGAAAUUAAAGAUGUCUUCCAAAGGUGGUCCUAGAGCAAAAGGAACUGACGGUGGUGAUUUUGGACAUCGUGAAAAAGUAGCAUCCCAUUAUCAAAUAAGCUCAAGCAACAAAAGGAAGCUGAAAAUAGCCAUUGGUUUCCAUUUCCUUUGCUUAAUCUUUAUUCUUCUGAAGUCAGCUCCCAAGAUUUUGCAGUUCUUCGAGAUUUCCUUGAAACAGUAUGUAAAUGUAAGUUUACCUGCUCCAGCUUUGUGGGAGCUUGUCUGGCUCAGUAGCGCUGUUUUCAUACCAUUUGCGCUUUAUGCCACCAGAAAAAAUUAUCCCACUAUAAUGCAAAUUUAUGCUAUCGGUACUUUUGUUACUGGUAUUUCGCCAUUAGUUUUUGGCAUUAUAUAUCAUUCCAGCGAUUUCAAAAUGUUUGUGGUGUCUGAUACUGGAAGUGUAAAAGUAGAAAAGUUUUAUGGAGUUCCAAUUGUGUUGAUCACAUCUGUUUUUAUUACUGUUACAUUCCUUAUACAUUCCUUGUCUAUCAUGACAGCCAUGAAUCUAGUUAAAGCAUGGACUCCAAAAUCUGGAAAGAAAAAAUCUUAAUUAUUCGCUGUUUUUUAAAUAAAAAAAAAUUAUUGUAA